UCAUUUCUCAAGAAAAAAUGAAAAGAGUCAGCCAUCCCUCUCAAAAUUGAAAACUGCUGCUUGUCCUUUUCUGCUUUACGACCUCGCUUACGCAUUCCCAUUGCCAUUCCCUCUCUUUCCGACCUCGCUUACGCAUUCGCAUAGGCUUUGCCGCUUUGCAGCCACUUGCACUUGCCACACAAUUUCCUCUCUUUUCUUUCCUAAUUUCCUCUCUAUUUAUUGUAGGCCAUCCUUUAUCCUCCACUAGUUCUCCUCACAUCGUUUUAUCUCUUUCUCUCUCUCUCUCAUCUGGCUCAGUGCCUUGUCUUCGCUUAGCAUUGUGGAAAACAUAAGAUAAUAUAAUGGGUGGAUGUUUGUCCAUAGUCGUCGUCACGAGGAGUAGUUCUAGUGGAAGAGAUGAUGAUGAUUCCUCGUCCACUGCCAAAGUAAUCUACAUGAACGGAUUUAUCCGCGACUAUCCAGUUCCCCUUAAAGUCUCCAAAGUCCUUGAGGCCGACCGAUCAUCGUCUUCGUCUUCGUCUUCGUUUAUAUGCCAUUCCGACCGUUUGUACUACGACAAUUACAUCCCGGCUUUAGAUUCCGAAGAUGAGCUGGAGGCCAAUCAGAUCUAUUUCGUACUCCCCAGAUCCAAUCUUCAACGCCGCCUCAGUGCCACCGAUAUGGCGGCCUUGGCAGUCAGAGCCACCCUCGCCCUCCAGAAAAUUAAUAUCAAUGCUUCUCCUUCUUCCUCCUCCUCCUCCAAGAAGGAAAAGGGAAAUAAGGGAGGUGGACGCCGUAAUUACAACAAGGCCCGCAUUUCUCCGGUAAUUGAGAUGACUAAUGAUAAAUAUGAAAACUCGUUGGCCGAGGACGACGGAGGUUAUUUGAGCAUGAAUGAAUUAACGAUUGGAGGUGGAGGGUCAUCAGCGUAUAAAGGCCAAAAGAUGAGUAGUAGCGCCCGCGGCGGUGGGUCAUCGUCGGCAAGGAAAUUGCAGAGAUACACAUCGAGAAAGGCAAAGUUGGCCGCUCGUUCUUUUAGGCUCAGAUUGUUAACCAUUCACGAAGGCUCCGUCCUCUGAUCAAUUCUCUACGAUUAAGUUUCACCAUCGCCAAUUUCUUUUGGUUUUGUAAAUUUAUAACCGUAUCAUUUUACUCUUCCUACAUAUUUGUAUUAUAUGUUAUAAGUGUAACAUUAUUCUUG